UCUGUGGUUUGUUGUCGAAGUGAUAGUGAAUUAUUUGUUGUUGUAGGUUAGGAAAAUUAAGGUAAUACGUGUCUAAAUCAAUGCCAAUGAUAUUUUUUCGCCACAAUCUAGCAACCUGGACAAAAGGUGUAGCAAAUACGUUAUUUAAACCAAUUUUGCAUCAUCAAGUAAAACUAAGCAUCAAAACUGCUCCAGAAAUGGCACCAAGCCCAGCCAAAAGGAUAGUGUGGGUAGACUUAGAAAUGACUGGUUUAAAUGUGGAAGUUGAUCAAAUCCUGGAGAUAGCCUGCUUGGUUACUGACGCAGACCUGAACAUAGUGGCGACUGGACCUAAUAUUAUAAUACAUCAUCCAGAAGAAAUAUUGAGUAACAUGAACCAGUGGUGCAUUACUCAACAUGGUGAGAGUGGCCUGACUGAUGCAUGCCGAGAAUCCAAUGUCUCUGUAACAGAAGCCGAGAAUCAGAUACUCGCCUUUGUUAAGGCGCAUGUGCCUGAAAAUAAAUGCAGUUUAGGAGGUAACAGCAUAUACAUGGAUAGACUGUUCAUACAAAAGUACAUGCCCAAGUUGAACAACUAUUUGCAUUAUAGAAUCAUUGAUGUCAGCACAAUAAAGGAGUUGGCCAGACGUUGGUAUCCCAAAGAGUAUUCCAGACAGCCGCGGAAGAAGUUUGAGCACAGAUGUCUAAGUGACAUAAUAGAAAGUAUAGAGGAACUGAAAUAUUAUAAGCAGCAUAUAUUUAAAACUGUAUGAUAUGGCUCUGAGCUUUAGUAGUCCUAAGUUUUGUUACUGUAUUUACUAUUUAAAGUACUUCUUAUAUUGAUCUAAGAUCCGGCGUUAAGAUUUAUAUCUAUACUUACUUAUAAUAAUUAUUAUAAUAAACUAGCGGACCCGGUCAAGCUUCGCUUUAACUUUUAUGAACUUCUUCCAUACCCUUACCUACCUACUCCAACCUACCCUACCCUACCUCUACCCUAUCCCCACCCUACCCCUACCCUACACCUACCUUACUCCUACCCCUACCCUAUACAUAUUAAAAUCAAAAAUUAAAUUAUGAAUAGUUUGUAUGGAAGUAUAAAGUUUUUUAGUCUUUUUAUAUUUUUCUCCCCAUAAAAACCAUCUUAGAACUACAACGAACAUUUAAAAAAAAUAAUUGGCCAAAUUGGUCCAGGGUUAUUGAGUUAUGCGCUUACCAACGCAUUUUGCGAUUCAUUUUUAUAUUAUAGAUAUAACUAUCAGGGGGUGAUUAGUGAUUGAUACUGAUGCCAAAAAUGCAAUCAGUAAAAUUUUUGUCUGUCUGUCUGUAUGUU